AAAUGAUCUCAUCGCCGGCGGUCCGAAGAACACUGCAAGUUUGCAACUCUGCAAAAUGCGAAACUGAGAGAGAGGGAGAGAGAGAGAGUUCAUAUACACAACAAACACGUACAUAUACUCUCAUACAUAUAGAACAAUGACUUCUCUAUCAUCUUUUCUUUCAAUUCCUCCUCUGAACCCUUCUUCUCCACAUCAACCUCCAAUGGCUGUCUCUCUCACCACUCUCCACUCCUCUCCAUUCGCUUCCAUGCCCACCCAACAGCCCAAAAAACCCACUUCAAAACGCUCUUCAAAACCCACCAAAACUCUCUCUCCAACAACCACACCCACAACCACUACCAACUCUCACCCUCCCAAGAAGGUUCUUGUGCCAAUUGGGCUUGGUUCUGAAGAAAUGGAAGCUGUGAUAUUGGUUGGUGUUCUGCGCCGAGCUGGUGCCGAUGUGACCAUGGCCUCGGUCGAGCCGGAGCUUGAAAUCAAAGCUUAUUGUGGUACUAGGCUGGUUGCUGAUACAUCCAUCUCGGCUUGUUCCGAUGAAAUUUUCGAUCUUGUUGCUUUGCCAGGUGGAAUGCCUGGCUCAGUACGCUUGAGAGAUUGUGAGAUUCUCCGUAAAAUUACAAGCAAACAAGCUGAGGAGAAAAGGUUAUACAGUGCUAUUUGUGCUGCUCCAGCAGUCACACUUCUGCCAUGGGGUCUCCUCAAAAGAAAACAGAUGACUUGUCACCCUGCAUUUAUGCACAAGCUUCCAACCUUCCGGGCAGUUAAAUCAAAUAUCCAAGUUUCAGGGGAGCUAACAACAAGCCGUGGCCCGGGUACUUCUUUUGUGUUUGCUAUAACAUUAGUGGAGCAGCUUUUGGGGGAGUCUGUUGCCAAGGAGGUUGGAGAAUUGUUGCUAAUGAAUUCUGCUAAUGAGAACCCUAGAAAGGAAGAAUUCAAUGGAGUUGACUGGACUGUUGACCACAACCCUCAUGUGCUAAUCCCAGUUGCAAAUGGAUCUGAAGAAAUUGAAGUAGUAACAAUUGUUGACAUUCUACGUCGAGCAAAGGUGGAUGUUGUGAUUGCUUCAGUUGAAAAAUCUGUGCAGAUUUUGGCAUCACAUGGCACAAAAAUUGUUGCAGACAAGUUAAUUGGUAGCGCUGCCGAAUCAAUAUAUGACUUGAUCAUCCUACCGGGAGGAAUUGCGGGGGCGGAGCGGCUGCACAAAUCAAGGGUUCUAAAGAAGCUGCUAAAAGAACAAGAAUCAACUGGACGGAUAUACGGAGCAAUCUGCUCUUCACCUGCAGUCCUGCAUAGACAAGGAUUACUCAAGGAUAAGAGAGCCACAGCUCAUCCAUCUAUCAUAAGCGAGCUCACCAACAAAGCAGUGGAUGGUGCCGGAGUGGUUAUCGAUGGCAAACUGAUCACAAGCAGGGGACUUGCCUCUGCAGCCGAUUUUGCCUUGGCUAUUGUGAGUAAGCUUUUUGGUCAUGCAAGGGCAAGGAGUGUAGCAGAAGGUCUUGUUAUCGAGUACCUCAGGACCUAAAAAGAUGAUUUGUAACCCGUGAAGUGUUUGAGACGCCAAAUGCCCAUAGCCAAGAAAGAUGGAGCGAUUUUUUCCCAACUCGAUCAGCCAUUAGAAGAAGAAAAUAAUCUUCUCUGGUGGGUUGGUUAUAUAUAAGAACGAAGUUUUUUCUUUGUUCACGGGAAAAAUUACUUGCAGAAAGAAUUCACAAUGAUUGAGAACAACGGCUUGAAAUCCUCAUUUAUAUUGAUAAGCCGCAAUCAGGUAUCUUGGAUUUCUGCAGACAUAACAAGAUGUGGCAUGCUAACUAUUAGAUCAGUGUUGCUUUCUGCAGACCUUACUCUGGACCAAUACCAUUGAGGAUUGGUGCUUUUUUGCCCGGCAUGCAAAGAAAAUGACGUCAGUCAUGACUGUUAUUUCCGUGUCAUUAAGCUUUUUGUCAGAGAGCAAUCCAAAGUUGUGUGCGCGAUGUCCUCCUGUAAACAGGUUUUGAUGUUUUGAAGUACCUCGUUUAUAUUUGUAUAAACAGUUCUAUUUUUGGAUCUGUAUGCAUAUCCUUAUUUCUUCCCUUUGGCCAUUAGGAACAUUUAAGACUGUAUUUGGAUCAUGGAUUUGAGUAGAUAGCAAAAGUUACUUUGAAUUUGAAAAGUCUAGUUCUUAGCAAGUGAAAAUGGAACAAGAGAGCUUCACUGUUAUUUUGUUGUUCCACUUUUUCUGAGUGACUAGGCAGGGGAUGAUGACACGAUGGCACUAAUGCAUUGUACUCCGUCAAUUUUCAUUCA